CCAUAAAUGAUGUAAGUUACCGCGUGUCUACCUCUAACAUUGACUUUCACCGAUUUUUUUAAGAAGAUACGCGUUCAUGUGGCUGUACAUGAACGUUGGUGUUUGUAUGACAGAGCCUACGCACAGUAGGUGAGGUCAUAUACCCAUUCGCUCGUACAGGUGGUUCCUCCUCCAUUCACGACGUGCAGUCACUCUGUAAAGCGAGUGCACGACACCAUCUCUCAGGGAAUCUCGAUUUAAUUUUCAUUAGUGCAUCUCGCUAGGAUGACAGAUAACGCUUUAAGUAUUAAAUACUCAGUGACAAUCGUACUGGUGUUCGCGAUCACACAAACAUACAGUAAUUACACGGAAAUUGAUCUGCCGUCUGAUCACAUCAAGUAUUACUUCAACUCUUUUCCCACGGUGGCCGAAGAGUGCCGUAAUAAUACCGCCUGUCCAUACAAGGGUAGCCUUGAUACCAAAGCUUGUUGGGGUUACGAGCCGAAUUGCAAAGCCGAAAAUUCUUUUUCCGUUCCUCAAUGUCCAGGUGAUCACAGAGGAUGGGUAACAACAAAAAAAGCACAGGUAGAAACAUUUUACGCUCAAGGUGAUUUUGGCUACGUACGCGACCAAAGGAAAGAAAUGUCGAUAUUUUGCAAACCAUUGUUUGUGGACGACUCGUCGCUAGAGUGUUCGGAGCACAUGAGAUUUUGUCGAGCAAGGAACAUAAUGAUCAAUUUCACGGAUUUAAUUCAAAGAAAGGAACCUAUACGAUAUAAGAUGGAUGUUCUGAAAGAGGGUCAAAUUGGAGGAUAUUGCACAUUAAAUGAGAAAAGAUUGCAAGAAAACGCGGACCAUAUUAGCCCAUUGCAAUCUUGGGGACCUGAAUUGCGAAAUUUCCGGAAAUUACCUCGACCGCCGAUUGUCAACCACGACUGUGAUAUCGUGAUCGAAAAACCAACGUACAUAAUGAAAAUAGACGCUAUAGUAAAUAUGUAUCAUCAUUUUUGCGACUUUUUCAACUUAUACGCGUCAUUACACGUAAACCUCUCGCACCCCGCUGCAUUCAGCACUGAUAAUCAUAUAAUGAUCUGGGAAAGCUACAGCUACCGUUCUGCAUUCCAAGACGCCUUCCAGGCUUUCACGAGAAAUCCGCUCUGGGAUUUACAUACGUUCCGCGGAGAAACCGUCUGCUUCAAGAAUCUCGUGUUUCCCCUAUUGCCACGAAUGAUCUUUGGUCUUUACUAUAAUACACCUCUUAUUUAUGGCUGUGAAAAGAGUGGAUUGUUUAAAGCUUUCGGCGACCACGUGUUACAUAGAUUACGUAUACCUCAUCACGAAAGAAAGGACCAAAGGAUACGAGUUACUUUACUUAGCAGAGAUACUCAAUAUCGAAGAAUUUUGAACGAGGAUGAAUUAGCAAAGGCUUUGAAGGAAAAUCCAGAGUAUAAAGUGCGAAAGGUAGUAUACAAUAAAAAAAUAUCAUUCAAAAAACAAUUAGAAAUUACAAGAAACUCUGACAUUUUUAUUGGAAUACAUGGAGCUGGAUUAACGCAUCUUAUGUUUUUACCAGAUUGGGCAGCAGUAUUUGAGAUAUAUAAUUGCGAAGAUCCAGGAUGUUAUAAAGAUCUCGCCCGUUUACGCGGUGUAAAGUACUUUACGUGGGAAAAUGCCUCAAUGCUAGUGCAACAAGAUCCCGGUACGCAUCCUGAUGGAGGAGCACACGCAAAAUUCACUAACUAUAGUUUUGACGUCAAAGAAUUUUUACGUAUAGUUUCACAAGCUACGGAUUAUGUGAAAAAUCAUGAUUUAUUCAAAAGAUUUAUCAGUGAACGAUUACAACAUAAGGGAACAGGAACAAAAAAUCAGACUAGAACAACAAGUGAUGUAAAUGCAACUCCGAAGUCGAAGAAAGUAACCGACUUGAAAUCUGACAUUCAAUCCAAAGAUGAAUUAUGAUAAAUAUUUUAGGUAAUUUGUUUCGAUGACAACGAAACCUCUGAAUAAUAGGCUCACGAUUAUUAGUAUUAAUAUCGAGCGAAAGAAAUGACUUGUUACCAACUAAACUUUUUACUUAUUUUUAUACAAAUAUAUGUAUAUACUUAUUUUAAUAAAAAAGAGCAGCAAUAAAUAUGGAAUACAAUUUGACAUGUCUA